UGUGUCUCAUAUCGUUAUGGAGCAACCUUUUCCUUCUAUAUCGAGACACACCUAUGAUGUGUUUCUUAGUUUUCGUGGUGAAGAUACCCGUUUUGGUUUCACCGGUAAUCUAUACAGCGCUUUGAGUCAAAGGGGAAUCUUUACCUUCUUUGACGAUGAUGCCCUACGAAAGGGUGAAGAGAUCAAACCUUCUCUUCGCAGAGCAAUACAAGAGUCCAGAAUAUCCAUCAUUAUUUUCUCCAAAAAUUAUGCCACCUCAACGUUUUGUUUGGAUGAACUUGUCCAUAUUCUUGAGUGUUACACAAAACACAACAUGCAUAUUUUGCCUGUGUUUUAUGAUAUAGAUCCGUCACACGUGCGGCAUCAAACUGGGAGUUACAAUGAAGCAUUUGCUAGUCACGAACGUGGAAGAUUCAAAGAUGAUAUUCAGAAGCUGCAAAAAUGGAGGUUGACUUUGACUCGAGCUGCUGAUUUGUCUGGUUUGCAUUUCAAAAUUGGGGAAGAAUACGAGUUUGAGUUCAUUAAAAAGAUCACAAAAGAGGUCUCGUGUAAUCUUAAUCGAUGUCCCUUACAUAUUGCUAAUUAUCCUGUUGGAUUGAAAACAAGAGUGGAAGAUAUACAAAGACUUGUGGGAUUUGAGUUUGAUAACAAACUAAACAAAGUGACCAUAAUUGGAAUUCACGGGAUGGGUGGAAUAGGAAAAUCAACUCUUGCACGUGCCUUUUAUAAUUUGAUAAUGCAUCAAUUUGAAGGUACAUGUUUUCUUGCUGAUGUUAGAGAAAAGUCAUCAACUAAGCAUGGCCUUGUGCAAGUCCAAGAGACAAUGCUUUAUGAAUUAGUUGGGGAGAGAAAUAUCAAGUUGGGAGAUGUUAAUCAAGGAAUUCCAUUGCUACAACAAAGACUUUGUCGGAAAAAAAUCCUUCUUGUUAUCGAUGAUAUUGACAAAAAGGAACAAUUAGAAGCAACUGCUGGAGGUCUUGAUUGGUUUGGUUUAGGAAGCAUCAUCAUUAUAACAACAAGGGAUAAGAAUUUGUUACAUAUUCAUGAUGUUGAAAAAUUGUACGAGGUUAAUGAAUUGGAUGAUAUUGAAGCUCAUAAAUUGUUUACAUGGAAUGCUUUCAAAAACAAAGAAGUUGAUCCAAAUUACAUGGAACUCAUAAAACAUGCAGUAUAUUAUGCCAAGGGCCUUCCACUGGCUUUAGAAAUAAUAGGCUCAAACUUGUUCGGUAAAUCAUUUGAUGAAUGGGAUUCUGCAUUAAAAACAUAUGAAAGAAUUCCAAAUAGAGAUAUUCUAAAACUUCUUAGAGUUAGCUAUGAUAGUUUGGAUACUUACCAGAGGGAAAUAUUUCUUGACAUAGCUUGCUUCUUUAGAGGUUACCCUUUGAGAUAUGUUACAAAUAUGUUCGAGGCAAGAGAUUUUCAUCCAAAGAUUGGAAUUAAAAUUCUAGAAGAAAAGUCACUCAUUAAAAUUGACAGAUAUGAUAAUAAAUUUGUGAGAAUGCAUGACUUGAUUCAACAUAUGGGAAAAGAAAUAGUUAUACAACAAUCAACUAGUGCUCAAAAACGAAACAGAUCAUUAUGGUCUUAUGAGGACAUUGUAAGCAUUUUGGAGAGAAACAUGGAAAAUGAUGAAAUUGAAGCCAUGAUGCUAGACAUGCCAGAAGAUCAAGAAGUGAAAUGGAAUCAAAAGGUGUUUGGAAAACUGAAAAACUUACGAAUGAUGCUAAUAAAAAGGAAUCCGAAGUGUUUUAGAAGCCUUAAAGAUCUCCCAAACGAGUUGAGAGUAUUGGAAUGGUUGGGAUAUCCUAGAGCUUCUUUACCAUCUAAUUUUCAUUUGAAGAAUCUUGUAAUACUCAACUUGUCAUAUAGUUACUUUCAAUGGGCCAAACCACUCCAGGCAUGUACAAUUAAUUAUACGUUAUGUGACAUUUAUUUAUUUACUAUUAAACCCACCAUGCCUGAUUCUUCAAACUAUUAA